GACAUAGUCCUGCCCCGCCCCCUGGGGGGUGGGCCUAGUCCUGCCCCUCAGUGGAUCCUGUUGUGGAAGCUCCGUUCUGCUCAGCAGCGCCACAUGCUGGAGUCUCCAUUCACCGGGGGGAGGCAGCGAGCGGCCGUGGUGUAUAUCUCGGGUCCAGUUCUAGAUGUUUGUUGAUGGCCUUCUUGGUGGCGAUCCAGGACUCUGGUAAUUCCCUGUGCUUGUCUCAGUUUGACCUGUCCUAGGAUCCUGGUGUUGUCCCAAUUGAACUGGUGGUUCUCCUUAUCCAUGUAAAUGGAGGAAUCUAAUGAUGCUUUAAUCUGAAAAGACUGUUUGAUUUCAUCACUUUGGUUAUUUUGAGGAGCCAUGGCUGGAAAGUCUACUCUACUAAAGGUGAUCCUACUAGGCGAUGGUGGAGUAGGAAAAAGUUCACUCAUGAAUAGAUACGUUACCAAUAAAUUUGACAUCCAUCUGUUUCACACAAUAGGUGUUGAGUUUCUUAACAAGGAUUUGGAAGUAGAUGAACAUUAUGUGACAAUGCAGAUAUGGGAUACUGCUGGUCAAGAGAGGUUUAGGAGCCUUCGGACACCGUUCUAUCGAGGCUCUGAUUGUUGCCUCCUUACUUUCAGUGUUGACGAUCACCAGAGUUUCCAAAAUUUGGGCAACUGGAAAAAGGAAUUUAUCUACUAUGCAGAUGUCAAGGAACCAGAGAGUUUCCCAUUUGUGGUUCUAGGUAAUAAAAUUGAUGUUGCUGAGAGGCAAGUUUCAACAGAGGAAGCUCAGGCUUGGUGCAAAGAGAACGGUAACCAUCCUUAUUUUGAAACAAGUGCAAAGGAUGCUACCAAUGUUGCAGUGGCCUUUGAAGAAGCUGUUCGUCGAGUUCUUGCUGCUGAUGAUAGAUCUGACAAUUUCAUGCAAACGGACACAGUGAAUCUUAAUCGAGGGAAGAAACACAGCUCUUUCUGCUGCUGACUGUUGAAUGCAGGGAAUUUUCCACUAUGCAUUUGAUUUACUGAUAGUUGAAUGGGCCAUGAAAAUCUGUUGGCACUGCUUUCUCAAAACAGUUCCAAUCAGCUGAAGAUACUAGGUUCUUUGGUUGUGAAAGGGUCUGAAUGCACAUGCACAAUACUAAUAUGAUGAGUUACCAUAGAUAAUUGACUUAUUCUUUAGUCAUAUGAUAUUUAAAUAAAAAGGUUUUGUGGAUUUAAAAUCAACAUUGAAAAAUGGCACAGCUUCACAUGCUUUAAGUUUUUAAAAAAAAAUGGUGUUGGUACAUUAUUUUUAACAUGUGUAACAAAUCUUCGUGCAGCAAACCAUAUUGUAGCUUGAGGUAACGGUUGGAGAAUUGGAACUUGAUUAACUCUAAAUAUUUAUCAUUUGUGUAAAUUGCUCGUUCCAUGAAAUUCUCCUUUAUGUACUCAUGUUCCUAAUCUGACCCUAAAAUAUAUUGGGGUUAAUUGUUAAUUACUUUCCCUCUUUUUGAAAAAAAAUCAUUUGCUGUUAUUUGACAGAAACCUCUCUUUUAUUUCAUGCUCUAAUUGAGUUUUGUGUAACCAAACUUUCUACCAAUCACACUUUUGUUGAACAAAGUAUUUGCAGGUACUGAAAACAUUGUUUAGCUUUUGAGUUUGUAACAUUCUGCAGAGUUGAACCAUGUCAAAUAACCAAAAGAUCUCAUUCCACUGUUAGCUGCAUUAAGUUUGGGGGAAAAAAAAGCAGAGUUUGGUCAACAAUUCUGGGUUGUUCACCUGCCAGGGUUUAUUUUGUCAAUGUAUAGCCAAUUUUAAGUUGAAUAAUACAAAGGUACUAUGAAAUUUUGAAA